UUCGUCUAGCUGGCGGUGCGUGCGCGCCUGCGCUGGUCCUCGUCUCGGAGCAGCCAUGAUGGAAGGCCUGGACGACGGCCCCGACUUCCUCUCAGAGGAAGACCGCGGACUUAAAGCAAUAAGUGUAGAUCUCCAAAGUGAUGCUGCUCUACAGGUGGACAUCUCUGAUGCUCUUAGUGAAAGAGAUAAAGUAAAAUUCACUGUUCACACAAAGAGUUCAUUGCCAAAUUUUAAACAAAGUGAGUUUUCUGUUGUCCGACAACAUGAAGAAUUUAUCUGGCUUCAUGAUUCCUUUGUUGAAAAUGAAGACUAUGCAGGUUACAUUAUCCCACCAGCACCACCAAGACCUGAUUUUGAUGCUUCAAGGGAAAAACUACAGAAACUUGGAGAAGGAGAAGGGUCAAUGACAAAGGAGGAAUUCACAAAGAUGAAACAGGAACUGGAAGCUGAAUAUUUGGCAAUAUUCAAGAAGACAGUUGCAAUGCAUGAAGUGUUCCUAUGUCGUGUGGCAGCACAUCCUAUUUUGAGAAAAGAUUUAAAUUUCCAUGUCUUCUUGGAAUAUAAUCAAGAUCUGAGUGUGCGAGGAAAGAACAAAAAAGAAAAACUUGAAGAUUUCUUUAAAAACAUGGUUAAAUCAGCAGAUGGAGUGAUUGUUUCAGGUGUAAAGGAUGUAGAUGAUUUCUUUGAGCAUGAACGAACAUUCCUUUUAGAGUAUCAUAAUCGCGUUAAGGAUGCAUCUGCUAAGUCUGAUAGGAUGACAAGAUCCCACAAAAGUGCUGCAGAUGAUUACAAUAGAAUUGGUUCUUCACUCUAUGCUUUAGGAACUCAGGAUUCUACAGAUAUAUGCAAGUUUUUCCUCAAAGUUUCAGAAUUGUUCGAUAAAACAAGAAAAAUAGAAGCACGAGUAUCUGCUGAUGAGGACCUCAAACUUUCUGAUCUCUUAAAAUAUUACUUAAGAGAAUCACAAGCAGCAAAGGAUCUCCUAUAUAGACGGUCUAGGUCAUUAGUGGAUUAUGAAAAUGCUAAUAAAGCACUGGAUAAGGCAAGAGCCAAGAAUAAAGAUGUCCUGCAGGCUGAAACUUCUCAACAAUUAUGUUGUCAGAAGUUUGAAAAGAUAUCUGAAUCUGCAAAACAAGAACUUAUAGAUUUUAAGACAAGAAGAGUUGCGGCAUUCAGAAAAAAUUUAGUGGAACUUGCAGAAUUAGAACUGAAGCAUGCAAAGGGUAACCUUCAGUUGCUCCAGAAUUGCCUGGCAGUGUUGAAUGGAGACACCUAAGCCAUAUUCCACCCUCCCGUU